GCUGGAGGUCAGAGAGCCCCCAGGUCUAUCUCAGCAGAGCCAGCUUCGAAGGCUCUGGACACCUGAGAGCUGCAUUUCGAAAAGAUUGUCUGCUUUGGAGGUUGGUCUCUUUUGGAAGCUUCGUCCCAUCCCACAUAACAUACCUUCCCAACUCCUUCACACCCGCGUCACUGCCUACUUCACAUCUAGGUAGGUACCUAGAAACAAUACCUGCUAUCCAAAAAUUGCAAAGAGGAAAGCGCAUUUGAUUUCGCACCGAUAACGUCCUGGUUUACUUCUCAUCUUUGUCGCGGCCAGUAGCCUUUGCGUCAACAGACCGCCCUCUCAGCGUCGCAACAACUCAACCUUCAUCGAACAUUGAACGAUCUGAGUCUUGAAAGCCAAAGGAAAGCAGUCUGCAACAGCACAACAUGAGCGGGGGUCCAGUCGACCUUACACCAGAUGCGCUUCGUGCCAUCGGUUUGCAAGAACUCGAUAAACGCAUCCAGGGUCAUGCAGACUUGGUCAGUAUCUACCUCAUAUGGCUGCAGGAACACCUGAAUGUCUGGGAUCUGUCCGAUUCUGCCGCUUUCCGACCGCAAAUCGAGUCUUGGUAUACUUCACUGCGUUUUCACGGCUAUCAAGACCAGCCAAUCCGCGAUGCGUUCACCGCUUGGGUGUCAAACCAGAUUCAGACUGAUCCCAUUUGCGCCCGUCGAUUGCUAGUGGCUGAGGAAGAACUCAAUCAAGUCUGUGGCGGCAAACCGACCAUGCAGCCCAGAGACUUUGGAGUGGACCAUGGAGCCGCUGGUGUCAUCACAGUGAGAGAGGACAAGGUCAUUGACGUCUCAUCGGGUGAUGAUGACAGUGACGUGGAAUUCCUGGGAUGGAAGCCGCCCGAUAUCUUACGCAGUGCUUCCAAACCCGCUCGACAUCCAGUUGCACCUCUCACUGGGGCCAACAAAGACACCCAGCGUAUGCAAGGAGCCGGGGUUCGCGAGCCCAACGAUCGUUUGAAGCGGAUGGAGACAGUAAACGUAUCACCUAUCCGUGUGCCCAGCGGAAGACCACACAAGAAUUAUGUCUGCGAUCGAUGCGGUGAGAGGGGUCAUUACAAGGAGCAAUGCCCAACGAACCUUGAUCCAAGCUUCGAUCCGAGACCUACUGGUGGUUACCAGUGCUACUGCUGUGGUGCCAAGGAAAAGCACUUGACGACUCUCUGUCCCCACAACGAGAAUCCAGACUCGGUGACCCAGCAGCGCAUCAGAGCCGGGGUCCCGGUCAUGAUAUCGUCUUCGCCGCUUGGUGAAGCUGACUGUUAUCGCCCGCUAGCUAUGCGGCCUCGCAAGGCCAAGAAACCUCCGCCCAAAAGCACUGAUAGUGCUUCCUCACAUGGAAUUCAUCGAGCCACCAGCCAAAUAGAAGAGUGUGAUGACCAUCGUAUGGAUCCUGCCCGACGCGCUAGGCUGGAACGCGACGACCAUGAAGGCUCUUCUCCCCUGUCGAGUGGCCGAAGGAAGGGCAAAAAGAGGAGUCACUACUCACCACCUCGCGAGAGACGUAGUCGAAGAUCGAGCAAGAGAGUUCGACGUUGGCGUGAAGAGUCUCGAAGUGGUUCUCGAUCUAGCCGGAGCGAGCGAGAAGCUUCUGCCGAAUUACUGCCACGAAGAGGCUGUCGCAAUAGUAGCGACGGCCGUCUAUCCUACUGGGACGAUGAAUACGAUGAUGUCAAAAUGUCGGACAUGGGCUCUUUUCCGGAAAGCGGGCAACCAGGGUCUACCGUGUACGAGCCAUCGGGAAAUGUGAAGGCUGAGAUACAGCGUCUGUACCCGGACGCUGGCCCUUGCUGGGUCUCCGAGAUGGCGGGCUUUGACGUCGAUGAGUUCUUAGAUGGACUGGGCGAUCACGAACUUGCCGCGAUCACACUUUCAAGCGAGGGCGAGGAAGAUGCACGAAUGGGAAUGGAUAUUUUCAGUGACGGACAUGAUCGCCAGGCCCUGCCUCCUAGAGUCAGAUUGCCUCCGGCGCCAGGAGCUCUCACGGAGUCAGUCUCGAAUAGGAAAGGGGUCUCCCACGACCGCCGAAUGGAGACAUCAGUGGACGACAGAUCUCACGCGGACGACACCGAGGAGGCCAGCCAUUACGUGCUUCAGAAAGACGAUAAGGACAGGAUCUCUGAUGUGAACAACCGCAAAAUCGUGGUCAAAUUGCCACAGGGGGGUGGUGAAGGAUUGAAAUUGGACAGGUGCCGCGCACAGCUGGAAGUCAACCACGGUGCCUCACCCGAUCCAGUCGUGAAUUCCAGCAGUUAGAAAGUUUUGGGAGACACCUUGUCAUUACUGGUGGUGACGAUGCUUGCAGGGAAACGAGAAAGCUAUCCGUGGCUAACGGGCUAUUCGGAUCUUGUCUAGGGCGGAAUGUGUCGUCUCAAAUGCAUCCUCAUCGAGGACGUAGCGUAUCCAAAUUACUAGACAGGAUUAGUGGUUGAGCCUCCCUCAAGAAUCGGCGACUGAGAAC